UUGGCAGACAACAAAGCAAUAAUAAUACAAAGAGAGCGAGAGAAAGUGCAUUUAAAUUAUUAAUUACUCUAUGGACGAAGUAAGGAUUCAUUGAAAUCAUGUCGAUUUUUAAAGCCCGAGUAAAGGAAUUCAAGGACAUAUUUGCACAGGAUGUGAUUGACCUUAAACAACUGCGUCGCCAGACGUUUAAUGGUGUGCCAGAUGUGCUCAGCUUUCGUGCGCUGAGUUGGAAAAUGUUGUUGGGCUAUUUGGGACCAAAGCGCAGCAAUUGGCAAACAACAUUGGCAAAGAAACGUGCGCUUUAUAAACAGUUCAUUGUGGAGCUUGUGCUUCCGCCUGGACACAAAGAGAAUGGCGAAGGAGAUUGUGAAGGCGAUAACGAAUCGAGGGGCGUUGGCCUGCAAGAUCAUCCGCUCAGCGAGGGGCCGGAGAGUGCGUGGAAUACAUUCUUCAGUGACAACGAAUUUCUACUGCAAAUCGACAAAGAUGUGAGACGUUUAUGCCCAGACAUAUCAUUCUUUCAACAGCCCACAGAUUAUCCCUGUGAGAUUGUUGUGCACAGCAAAGGGGAGCAGGGAAGAAGGCUGCAUGAACGUGUUGUUCCCUCUGUGCUCAGCUCGGCGAAUGUGGAACGCAAGGGAUUGGGUAUGACAAAGCAAAUCAACUUGAUUACAAAACGAUCGGCAGAGAACUAUGCCGCUAUGGAAGAGGGCCAGGAAGCGCAUUGGGAAGUUGUUCAACGAAUCCUGUUCAUCUAUGCAAAGUUAAAUCCUGGACAGGGUUAUGUGCAGGGAAUGAACGAAAUUGUUGGCCCUAUUUACUAUGUUAUGGCAUCAGAUCCUGAUCUCUCAAGUCGUAUGCAUGCCGAGGCCGAUUGUUUCUUUUGUUUCACCGCCCUAAUGAGUGAAAUACGCGACUUCUUCAUAAAGACUCUGGACGACUCGGAAGGCGGCAUAAAAUGCAUGAUGUCCAAGCUAUCAAAUAUGCUGAAAUCAAAAGAUAUUAACAUAUACGAUCACCUUAAGAGCCAGGAGUUACAUCCGCAAUACUAUAGCUUUAGAUGGAUCAACCUGCUGCUCUCACAAGAAUUUCCGCUGCCCGAUGUGCUGCGUAUAUGGGAUUCCGUCUUCUCGGAUGAGCAGCGUUUUGAUUUCCUCAUUAAAAUUUGCUGUUCAAUGAUAUUAAUUCAACGAGAAGCAAUACUGGAGAACGACUUUGCCUCUAAUGUAAAGCUGCUACAAAACUAUCCACCAAUUGAUAUUAAUGUUGUGCUAACUCAUGCAGUCUCCUUGGAGUAGCAGCAUCAGUUUAUCGAAUUUAAGCCCUGGCUUGCCUAUCCUUAAGAUGCGACACUUGAGAGUUCCAUAGUCUGAUAAGUAAUCCGUAAAGCAAUCAACGACAUAAUCCCAAUGCCAAAUCAAUUAAAACGCACGUUAUGUUAACUCAAAACUUUAUUAUCUGUAUUUAUACAUAUGCUUUUGAUAACUUUUAAUUUUAUAAAUAUUUUUCAUCAAUAAACCAAUGAUUUUAAACGUUCUCUUA